UUAGUUUUCCUUCAUGUGUGGUAAAAGGGCCACUGAGUACAGUCCUGUGUGUGUGUGUGUGUGUGUGGAACCAUAGAGAGAGAGAGAGUGUGAGUAAGUAGUUAUAGUGGUGUCAUUACCUCCUAACAACUAUCGCCACGGAAUAUGAAUGCACCACCGACUUUCGAAUCGUUCCUGUUAUAUGAAGGAGAAAAAAAGAUAAUAAAGGAACAAGAUACUAAAGUACCUAAUGCUGCUAUCUUUACGGUCAACAAAGAGGACCAUACUCUAGGAAACAUGAUCCGCAAUCAAUUACUUAAAGAUCCUCAAGUGUUAUUUGCUGGUUACAAAGUUCCACAUCCAUUGGAACACAAGUUUGUCAUUAGAAUACAAACGACAUCAGACUAUACACCCCAUGAAGCAUUCAUGCAUGCCAUCACAGAUUUAAUUGCAGAACUUUCUUUGUUUGAGGAACGUUUUAAGGAGGCAAUCAAGGAAAAGAAGGAAGGCUUGGAUUAAGUAAAUAUAUUCUCAAUUAAAACACUCCUAUGUAUAUAUAUAAAAUUUAUGCUGUAGUUGGCUUUCCUACAUCUGAUGUGGCUUGAUUUUGAUAAGAAUUAUGAUACAGUUUCUCUGACUACAUAACCAACAAUGAAUAUAUACCAAGUACUGCAACACAGAAUAAACAGCCAUAAAAGUAGCUUUAUGCACUAUUUGGUCAAAUUUGAA